AUGAAGAACUACAUCGCACUAUUCGCUCUCUCUGCCAUUGGAGGACUAUGUGCUCACGGCGACGAAGCGAGCACAGAAAUGGGCCCAGCUGCCUUUAUGUGGCCGCCCGAUCGUCUCUGGGGUGCAGCGUAUGACAACAACGCCCCUUGUGGCUCAUCAACCGGGCCCAUGAAUCGAACAGAUUUCCCACUGAUCAACGGCAAACUUGCACUUGUAAUUCAAGACGAGUCAUGGAAUGUACAGGUAGCAAUCUCUCACAAAAGCAACCCAACUACCAAUAAUGACUUUGAGGCCUUCAUUGACAGCUCAACGCUUUCUGACGUUGACCCAGGACAUGAGUGCUACUCCGUCCCCAACCCAUCUGUCGACGUGGAAGAAGGAAUGAAUGCCACCUUCCAGAUCAAAUACACCUCCGAUUUUGAUACCGACAAAAACGAAACCUACUACGCGUGUGCAGACGUCACAUAUAUCCCGGCGAGCAAGUUCACCUACCAAGUCCCUUGCUUCAAUGUAACAUCGGACGAGUUCACCGAGGUCACUACCACAACCACAGCUGGGUCUAACCCUACUGCAGGGUCGGUCGCAACACAAAACACAGAUACCACGAGCGAAAAAGGCUCCGGUCUUUCGGGAGGAGCAAUUGCUGGUAUUGUGGUUGGCUCAGUGGCUGGGUUGGGUCUUGGUGUUGCCUUGCUGUUCUUCUAUAGAAGGCUUUUGCAGAAGUAUCGCUUCUUGCGCCAAAAGGCUUCCACCCGGAAUGUGGACUGGAAUGAAGAGGCUCCUCAACAUAAAGUCGACGAUGAGGUUCCGAUUGGGCUUCGCAAGAUAAGAUGA